CAAACAGACAAUUCUAAAAUACUGUCACUAAUUUGAAUCCAAAACAUGUAUAAACUGACUUAUUUCGAUAUAACGGCUCUUGGUGAGCCUAUCAGGCUCAUUCUAACCUACGGGAAAAUGGAAUUCGAAGACAAUCGCGUCACGUUCGAAGAAUGGCCGAUGGUGAAACUCAACAUGCCCUUCGGUCAGGUUCCUGUUUUGGAGCAUGAUGGUAAAGUUAUGAACCAAUCAUUGGCCAUCUGCAGGUAUUUGGCCAAGCUAACGAAGUUGGACGGUAGUUCCGAUUGGGAGAACUUGGAAAUCGAUGCUGCUGCAGAGACGAUUUCGGAUUUGAGGACUAAAAUCGGUCUCUUUUACUACGAGAAGGACUCAUUGGUUAAGGAAGCCAAGAAGAAGGAAGUUUUCGAGGAAAUUUUGCCGUUUUAUUUAGAGAAAAUCGAAGCGCAAAUACAGAAAAACGAAGGUCAUCUGGCAUGCAAGAAACUCACUUGGGCUGAUUUUUACUUGAUAGGUAUACUCGAUUACGUUAAUAUGAUGUUAGAUGUGGACCUGGCUGAAAAAUAUCCAGGCAUAAAAAUUAUUCAGGAUAAGCUGCUCGAUAUAGAUGACAUUAAAAAUUGGUUCGACGAACAUCCAAGAAUGGAGAGGAAGAAGGAGUAAUAAUUUAUUAUUUUAUUGUUGACUUGUUGACUUGUUGAAAUUGUUUUAAUUUUCAUUGUAUGAUUUAUA